CGGGCGGGCAGGCGGCGCGGGGCCGCCGAGGAGGGGGAGGGGGCGGCACUUCCGGCCGGGCCCUCGGGUCUCCCCGGAGCUGCGGCGCCUCCUCCGCCUCCUCCGCCUCCUCCCGGCGGAGACCCCGGCGCCGGGUCUCCGGUCGCCGGCAGCGCCGAGAUGGAGGCCAACCCAGCCGGGGGCGGCGCGGGCGGCGGCCUCGGGGGCGAGGACGGGGUGCACUUCCAGAGCUACCCCUUCGACUUCCUGGAGUUCCUCAACCACCAGCGCUUCGAGCCCAUGGAGCUGUACGGCGAGCACCACGCCAAGGCGGUGGCCGCCCUGCCCUGCGCGCCCGGGCCCCCGCCGCCGCCGCCGCCGCAGUACGACUACCCGCCGCAGGCCGCCUUCAAGCCCAAGGCCGAGGCGCCCUCCUCGUCCGCCGCCAACGCCGCCGCCUCCCAGGCCAAGAAGCCCGACCCGCCGCCGGCGCCCGCUUUCGGGGCGCCCCCGCCGCCCCUGUUCGACGCCGCCUUCCCCGCCCCGCAGUGGGGCAUCGUGGACCUGUCGGGGCACCAGCACCUGUUCGGGAACCUCAAGCGCGCGGGGCCCGCCGCGGGGCCGGGGGCGACACCCGGCCUGGCGGCUCCGACCGGCACCCCCGGGCCGCUGCCCGCGCCCGCGCAGACCCCGCCGGCCCCCGCCGCCGCCUCCUCCUCCUCCUCCUCCUCGGGGCCCGCCUGCGACCCGGCCAAGGACGACAAGGGCUACUUCCGCCGCCUCAAGUACCUGAUGGAGCGGCGCUUCCCGUGCGGCGUGUGCCAGAAGUCCUUCAAGCAGUCGUCGCACCUGGUGCAGCACAUGCUGGUGCACUCGGGCGAGCGGCCCUACGAGUGCGGCGUGUGCGGCCGCACCUACAACCACGUCUCCAGCCUCAUCCGCCACCGCCGCUGCCACAAGGACGCGCCCCCCGCCGCCCCGGCCCCCGGGCCCCCGCAGCCCCCGCAGCCCGGCGCGCCGCCGCCGCCCCCCCUCGGCCUGCCCGCGCCCCCCGCGCCCGCCGGCAGUGCCGGGCCCCCCGCCCCCGCCGUCUCCGCCGCGCCCGCGCCCGCCGACCCCGGUGCGGCCCCGGCAGCCGUGGGGGCGCCCCUGCCCGCGGCGGCGGCGGGGGGCGGCGGCGAGGGACCGUUCGCCUGCCCGCUGUGCUGGAAGGUGUUCAAGAAGCCGAGCCACCUGCACCAGCACCAGAUCAUCCACACGGGCGAGAAGCCCUUCUCGUGCUCCGUGUGCAGCAAGAGCUUCAACCGGCGCGAGAGCCUCAAGCGCCACGUGAAGACGCACUCGGCCGACCUGCUGCGCCUGCCGUGCGGCGUGUGCGGGAAGGCCUUCCGGGACGCCGCCUACCUGCUCAAGCACCAGGCGGCGCACGCCGGCCCCGGCGCGGCCCGGCCCGCCUACCCCUGCGAGCUGUGCGGCAAGUCGUACUCGGCCCCGCAGAGCCUGCUGCGCCACAAGGCCGCGCACGCCGCGCCCGCCGCCCCCGAGGCGCCCAAGGACGGGGCCCCCGCCGCGCCGCCGCCCCCGCCGCCCGCCGCCUUCCCCGCCGGCCCCUACCUGCUGCCGCCCGAGCCGCCCGCCGGCGACAACGACAAGGCGGCGGCUGCGGCCGCGGCGGCCGUGGUGUACGGCGCCGUGCCCGUGCCGCUGCUGGGCGCGCACCCGCUGCUGCUCGGGGGCGCGGGCGGCGCGGGGCCCGCCGGCAAGACCUUCUGCUGCGGCAUCUGCGGCCGCGCCUUCGGGCGCCGCGAGACGCUCAAGCGGCACGAGCGCAUCCACACGGGCGAGAAGCCGCACCAGUGCCCGGUGUGCGGGAAGCGCUUCCGCGAGUCCUUCCACCUGAGCAAGCACCACGUGGUGCACACCCGCGAGCGGCCCUACAAGUGCGAGCUGUGCGGCAAGGUGUUCGGCUACCCGCAGAGCCUCACGCGCCACCGCCAGGUGCACCGGCUGCAGCUGCCCUGCGCCCUGGCCGGGGCCGCGGGCCUCUCCGCCGCGCAGGGCGGGCCGGGCGCGUGCGGGCCGGGCGCGGGGGGCGGGGGCGCGGCCGAGGCGCUGGGCUACGCCUGCUCGGACUGCGGCGAGCACUUCCCGGACCUCUUCCACGUCAUGAGCCACAAGGAGGCCCACAUGGCCGAGAAGCCCUACGGCUGCGACGCCUGCGGCAAGACGUUCGGCUUCAUCGAGAACCUCAUGUGGCACAAGCUGGUGCACCAGGCGGCGCCCGAGCGCCUGCUGCCGCCCGCCGCGGCGGGGACCCAGCCCGAGGGCGCGGGCGCGGGCGAGGCGGCCGGCGUGCUGGACGACGGGCUGGCGGGCGAGGUGGGCGCGGCCGUGGCGGCGCUGGCGGGCGUGGCGGGCGGCGACGAGGCGGGCGGGGCGGCCGGGGGCGCGGCGGGCGGGGCCGGGGGCGGCGCGGCGGGCGGCGAGCGCUUCAGCUGCGCCACCUGCGGCCAGAGCUUCAAGCACUUCCUGGGGCUGGUGACCCACAAGUACGUGCACCUGGUGCGCCGGACCCUGGGCUGCGGCCUGUGCGGCCAGAGCUUCGCGGGCGCCUACGACCUGCUCCUGCACCGCCGCAGCCACCGGCAGAAGCGCGGCUUCCGCUGCCCCGUGUGCGGCAAGCGCUUCUGGGAGGCGGCCCUGCUCAUGCGCCACCAGCGCUGCCACACCGAGCAGCGGCCCUACCGCUGCGGCGUGUGCGGCCGCGGCUUCCUGCGCUCCUGGUACCUGCGGCAGCACCGCGUGGUGCACACGGGCGAGCGCGCCUUCAAGUGCGGCGUGUGCGCCAAGCGCUUCGCGCAGUCGUCCAGCCUGGCGGAGCACCGGCGGCUGCACGCCGUGGCCCGGCCCCAGCGCUGCGGCGCCUGCGGCAAGACCUUCCGCUACCGCUCCAACCUGCUGGAGCACCAGCGGCUGCACCUGGGCGAGCGCGCCUACCGCUGCGAGCACUGCGGCAAGGGCUUCUUCUACCUGAGCUCCGUGCUGCGCCACCAGCGCGCACACGAGCCGCCGCGGCCCGAGCUGCGCUGCCCCGCCUGCCUCAAGGCCUUCAAGGACCCCGGCUACUUCCGCAAGCACCUGGCGGCGCACCAGGGCGGCCGGCCCUUCCGCUGCUCGUCCUGCGGGGAGGCCUUCGCCAACACCUACGGCCUCAAGAAGCACCGCCUGGUGCACAAGGCCGAGGCCCUGGCGGGCAAGGACGCCUGACGCCGCGGGCCCCUCGGCCGAGCCCGCGCCCAGC